GUUCAAACGCCGACAGAGGUAUUUAUAUCAUCUAUUUCAACUUUGUAGUCAACACCUAUAAGUCGUCCGUACGGAUGUCACACUUUGGAAUAUCUUAUCUCACACGGCUCGAGUAUGGCACAAAUACCACCGACUGGUGUGUUCGUCCCAGUCCCCACUUUCUUCACAGAAUCGUCAACAUCAUCUGGUAAUGGCCUCCAGGCAAAGGUCGAUAUCGACACACAAGUCCAGCACAGCAUAUUUCUCGCCAAUAACGGCAUCAGGGGACUCGUUCUUCUGGGUUCAACUGGCGAAGCUAUCCACUUGACCAAAGGAGAGAGAAUAGAACUCGUGUCUAGAACACGUAAAGGACUAGACCACGCGGGCUUCAACGACUAUCCAAUAAUGGCUGGAGUCCUCACUAAUGGUGUGGACGAGACACUGGAAUGGCUUGACGACUACGCAAAAGCAGGUGCCCAAUGGGGCUUGGUGCUCGUGCCCGGAUAUUUCGGAGUCUCGGCAAAUCAGGAAAACAUUAAAGAGUGGUUUACAUUAGUUGCCGACAAGAGCCCGCUGCCGAUUCUAAUAUAUAAUUAUCCUGGCGUCACGAACAAUGUUAUGGUUGAUCCCCUCACAUAUACCGAGCUUGCACAGCACCCAAAUAUCGUAGGCUGUAAAAUGAGCCACGGAAAUGUUUCACAUCACGUCCAAGUCUCUCUCGACCCAGACAUCGACCAUAGUAAGUUCCGUGUCUACAGUGGCUUCGGCCAACAGCUCGGUCCCAUAGUGUUCUUCGGCGCUGCAGGCGUCAUUGAUGGCUUGUCAUCUGUCUAUCCAAAGACUGUGUCGCGGCUGUUCGAUCUUGUGGAGAAGAACGGGACGGAUGCAAAGACUAUCAAGGAAAUCCAGAGGCUGCAAUUUGCUGUUAGCAGGGCGGAGGAGUUCAUUGGUAAGUUCGGUAUCAUAGGCAUCAAAGAGGCAACGUACCGAGUGGCUGGUUUCGGCAAUUUGAAAGGUGGAAGACUGCCGCUGAAAGGCCAAAUGGGGAAGGGCGAAUUUGACAAGUGGCAUAAGAUUCUAUUGGCACGGAUUGAGGGAAUUGAGAAAUCAUUAUAGAUGGCAUGCUUUGCUUACUUUCUUUAGAUUGACGGAGCGCAAUAGUAAUACAAUGUAUACUUCGUUCUGAUAUUGCAACCGCCCGAGAUCUAUAUUAUAAUAGCGUUUGAUUGUAGCUGAAAAUGAAAGCUACAAUUAGGCAUAAGAC